AUGGUGCACGUCGAACGGAUCCCGUUGGAUCGCUUUGCGGAGACGUUCUCCACAGCCAUCGAACUCUCCAGCGUCGCGCUCGGAGGCUGCGUCGUCUCCGUCUCCGACGAGUUCUUCGCAGACGCCUUCCAUCUGCUGCUCGUGCAGCCUGCGCCCAGUCUGCAGGGGCAGUUCGGCCCGAAGGGCGCCCUCUACAGUGGCUGGGAGACCCGCCGCCACAACCCGGCCCAUGACUGGUGCAUCAUCAAAUUGGGCACCACCGGCUCCGUCUUCGGCUUCGACGUCGAUACCGCUCACUUCAAUGGCAACGAAGCACCGCAAGUGUCUGUCGAUGCGCUCUACUCCCCCGACCUCGCACCGCAAGCGGACGAUUCUCGAUGGUCAGAAAUCCUGCCAAAGGUCGCUCUGGGUCCCAGCUCUAGGCAUCUAUUCAAGAUCCCACCAUCCUCCGGCGUGAACUAUGUCAAGUUGAACAUGUAUCCUGACGGAGGAAUCGCUCGGUUCCGCGCUUAUGGUCUAGUUACCCCCGUUUAUCCUGCUGCCGACACCGCCUUCGACCUAGCCCACGUAUUUUCGGGUGGUCGAGUGGUGUACACGUCGGAUCAGCACUUUGGUGUUGGAUCCAACCUCAUACUCCCUGGACGAGGAAAGGACAUGGGUGAUGGCUGGGAAACUAAGCGAAGUCGUGAAAAAGGCCACAAAGACUGGGCUAUCAUCAAACUCGGCGCCGUCGGGUAUCUGACGCACGCGGAGAUCGACACCGCGCACUUCAAGGGCAACUUCCCCGAAUCGUGCGAGCUGCACGGCGCGCGUAGCGACGAUCUCGUCCCCAGCACCAUACCCGCGGAAGAAUGGAUCCAGAUCCUUCCGCGGACCAAGCUCGGCCCGCACCGCCAGCACCACUUCCAGCUGCAGAACGUGGACGGCGUCCCGAUCUCGCACGUCAGGAUCACCAUCCACCCCGAUGGAGGUAUCAAGCGCGUCCGGCUCAUAGGUACGCGAGCGAUCGGUACCCCUUCCCCAGUCGGCAACGCAGCAAUAGUGGCUAAUAUUACCGGGGGCGCGGUUGUGGACGCGACCGCGACUGAGGCUCCGCCGUCGCUGAGGGCGUCAGGACCUGUGAUCCCGGCCUUGCCGCUUACCCCGGAGGCCUUCGCGCCAUUCGGCCAGGUCAUCCAGGCUUACGCGGACGUCAAUGCGGUGCCCUCGCCGCGCACGACGCGCAUCACGGGCGCGAACCAGGGCACGGCGGUCAAGUUGCACAAGCUCGCGCAGCUAGAAUCGUCAUACCCUCCAGGAUCGGGCGCCUCGUCGGGCUUGUCUGUGUACCGCUGCAAGCCCGUCGACGUGCGGCCCGGCGGACAGUGGGAAGUGAAGUUACUCGAGCGGCACCCGUGCACGAACCAGGCGUUCAUCCCCAUGGGCGCCGGCGCCGGGGACGAGGCGUUGGCCGCGCCGGGCACGACUUACCUCGUGGUCGUGGCGCAGAAUGGGGAGGACGACAAGCCCGACUUGGGCAGCAUGAGGGCGUUCGUCGCCUCUGCUGCCCAGGGGGUCGUGUACAAUACCGGCAUCUGGCACCAUCCUAUGGCUGUGGUGGGCGCGCCCAUCGAUUUCACCUGCGUGGAAACGCAGGUCGGUGACGGGGCCGCGCUCGACUGUGAGAUUGUCGAUUUGGACGGCUCGUCUGGGUAUCAUAGAGUUCAACUCCCAGGACUUGAACACACUACGAAGUUUUGCGCAAGCAUACGCAGUCGUACUGUCGGCGUAAAUCAAACUGUAGCCGGCCCCGGAUAG